UUCCAGUAUACAUGCUACUGCGCCAAUUAGUUAGAAUGGCCGAGGAAACCGUCGCUAAGAAGCCCAGAAUCGGGUCUCCUGUUAUUGGAACACACAAGUACGUUCCUUGACUGCUCAACACUGACUUUGACUGACUGCUUUCCCAGUGGUCACUUCCACGCAGACGAAGCUCUCGCCGUCUACCUCCUGCGUCUCCUCCCGUCCUACUCGCACUCGAAUCUGAUCAGAACGCGCGAUCCCGCUGUCCUCGGCACAUGUCACACCGUCGUCGACGUUGGCGGCGAAUACGACGCCGCUAACAACCGCUACGACCACCACCAGCGCACCUUCUCCACCACCUUCCCAGGAUACAAGACGAAACUCUCCUCGGCCGGUCUGGUCUACAUGCACUUCGGCCGGGACAUCAUCGCCAAUCAGAUGUCCGUCCCCAAGGACCACAAGGACGUCGAUCUGCUCUACAACAAGAUCUAUGCCGAUUUCAUCGAAGCCAUCGACGCAAACGACAACGGGAUCGCCUCGUACGACCCGGAGGCCGUGGCCGCCGCUAGCAUCGAGAAGCGCUUCAGGGAUGGCGGCAUCACCAUCACCUCUGUGGUGGGCGACAUGAACUAUCCCGACGCGACCUCGUCCGAGGAGCCCCAGGAGGAAGAUGCGCUCUUUGCCCAGGCAAGCACAUUUAUCGGCUCCGUCUUCUCCCGCAAGCUCCGCCAUGCUUGCUCCUCGUGGCUCCCCGCUUGGAACACCGUCCAGGCGGCUUACGCAUCCCGCCGUGAGGUGCAUCCGUCCGGCCGGAUCCUUGUCCUCCCCCAGGGCGGUGUGCCGUGGAAGGAGCAUCUUUACAACUUCGAGAGGGAGGCCGCCGGUUCUGACUCGGAAGCGGAACAGGUCUACUAUGUUCUCUACCCGGAGAGUGCGACGGAGGGGGCCAAGUGGCGUGUGCAGUGCGUCUCCGUGAACGAGGGGAGCUUUGUCUCGCGCAAGCCUCUCCCGGAGAGUUGGCGCGGUGUGCGUGAUGCGGACCUGGAUGGUGUCCUUGCGGCGGAGAGUGGCGCGCCUAAGAUUCCCGAGGGUGCGGUGUUUGUGCACGCGAGUGGGUUCAUCGGUGGACACCAGACUAGAGAGGGUGCUUAUGCUAUGGCUGUGAGAUCUUUGGCGCAGUAAAUUUUGAUUAUAUAUAUGACUUGGGAAAUAAAAAGUUACGAUGCAAUCAGAUGACAAUUCCAUCAUGAAUAAUAAACACUCAAACUUGGUAAAGAAGGG